AUGGAUGGUACAUAUAAAACCAGUUUCAUUGAUCAUGAAGUAUCAAAUAUAAUACAAAAUUCAAUUAUAGCAAUUCUCGGAUCUCAAUCGUAUCAAAAUACAAAAGUUAAUACAUGGUCAUCACAUAUAGUUGAAAAUACACUUAAUUCAUUAGCAAGAUUGAAUAAACCAUUUAAAUAUAUUGUAUUUUGUGUAAUUGUGGAAAAAAAGGGUGCUGGUUUACAUACAGCAAGUUCAUGUCUUUGGGAUGAUACAACUGAUAGAUCAUGCACUUUUCGUUGGGAAAAUCCAACAAUGUUUGCUUCUGUAUCGGUUUUUGCUUUAGCAAACUAA